CACUAGGCGGGACUAUUCAUUUCCGGAGUUUUUGAAGAACUGGAAAAGAUUACAAACGUGUAUGUCUUUACCUGAGUAGCGUCGAUAGAGUCACUAGGACUUUUUAACUUUAUUUAUUUAAUUAUUUGAAUCGAAUAAGGAAAUGCCAGAUUGGAUUUAAAACGGGACCUUCAACAGCAGAAGGGGAAAACUACAAGAGCGAAAAAGGUCAUGAAGGAAUAAUUCAAAACAUCUGACAGGAAGCAGUGAAAACCAAGACGAGAUAAAACGCAGUGUUACUGGAAAAAUGGAUAUACCAUUAAACACAAGAUUAAGGAGCAAAAGCUUGAGUGAGAUUGAGAGCACUAAAGAAAAAGAAGACUCAGAUGUUAGUAUACAUCAUUCACCAACCCGGCAAUGUUAAAUCAUCAUGUAGGAGAUUCUGGAAUACAAGAAAUGUUACGAAGAAGAAAAAGGAGGAUGUCAAUGGAUGUAAUUCCUCGUGUUAAACACAAGAAAACGCAGACAGAAAUAACAGGAAGCUUCCUUUCUAACACUCGUGAACAUUGCGUAUACAUGCCUACAUGGGAAAUAAGUGAAACAUUUCCAUCUCCAGAUCCAUCUCCAGGUGAUGUUGAUCAUAUCAGAAGAGCUCCAAAAUCAAGUCACUCUAAAUAUCCUCCUUCCUGCUCCUUUUCUGUGACUUCUUUUGUUGACGAAUCAGCAGCAGGUAGCAGCACUGCAAAUCCUGAGAGUGAAGAAAUCGUGACACACAGUAUUAUGAAGUUAGAAGCCAUGCCAUACGAUUAUAAACCUUCAGGAACAUCUGGAUCUAGUGGGCUGUCCAGCAGGUCCUGCCUCUUGCCUUGUUCUCACAGCAUGGUCUCACUGAGCAAAAUACCUCGUGAAAAGAACAACUUUACACAAGUAAACAGCUCACCUGAUACGCUGUUAAAUGAGUUUACACCAGUUAUCAGUGAUGAUUUUGAUGAUGAAAACUACACGUUCCAGUGCUCCUGUCCAGGCCUGUACCAGUGCAGUGUGACCGGCCUGGUGUUUUUAAUGAAGGCAGAAGGAGACGUGGUUUACAGGACUGUCCCGUGGAACAGGAAGCUGCUGGCCCAACACCGCAAGAAGCCUGCAGGACCCCUGUUUGACAUCAAAUGUCAGCAGCAGUCUGUGUGUCAGCUUUGUCUCCCACACUGUGAGGUCAUCUCCACAGGUGGAGGUCAGUUCUUGCAGGUCGCUCAUGUGAAUGAUGAGGGCAUCGAGUUCAUCACCCCUCAGCGGAUAACAGAAAGUCACGUUGUUAUAAACAUCACAGGGUUUUCUGGUUACGGUAAUGUCAAGGAUGAAGACUCUCCUCCUGACCCAGUCCAAGCUUUGGUUCUGCUCUUCUACAAACCCCCAGUUGAUCUUGACCUCAGAUCUUUCCUCAAUGUAUUGUUGCUUCCAAGGAACGUCGUGAUCCGUGACGUACAGCGCACCAGGAGGAAACUAAUUGGAGAUGAGAGGUACAUAGAUACACCUCCUCACUGCAAACUGCAUCCAAAGCAGGUUUACACUCUGUCUGCUGUUCCUGAGGAUGAUCUGAUUAAAGUUCAACCAACAGAAGCUGAUUUUGAUGAUGAGUACCACGACAGCUACUUUACGUCUUUCCAGGUGAUUUUAAGAAUAGUCUUCAGAGAUAUUAGCCUGAGUCUGAAAGAAAAGAGCAGCUCCACCUGUGUUUGGGAAAGAGAUCUAUGUAUUUUCUCCCCUACAGUGGGAACUAUAAAUCUUCCUCCUUCUGAGAGGCUGUUAAACACACGAAGCUGCUUCAUUGAAGGGAUAUCAGAACCUAAUCUCAACAGCCUGAUCGACAAACUGCUGGGGAAAAAGGUGAUAACUGAAGCAGAGAGGGAGGCAGCAGACACGAAGCAAAACAGAGGGAAAAAGGCUCGUUUUGUUAUCGACACUGUGAGGAGUAAAGGUGCUGCUGCCAGUUCAAAGUUGAUAAACAUUCUCCGUGAGCUUGACAGAAUCCUCUUUGAGCACCUCGGGUUAAACUGAACAGAUUUUUUUUGUAGCAUUUGUGGGGAGAAAGUGAAGCAAUUACCUGCAUGUGUGUAAAUGGUAAAAUUGCCUGUAUUUGUAUAGCGCUUUACUAGUCCCUAAGGACCCCAAAGCUCUUUA